CUGGUUAGUGUUUAUUCAAAUCUCCAGACUACUCUUUGUCUCUCUCUCUCUCUCAUUAUACUACCUUCUCCUAGACUUCUUGAUGGCCACUCCAACCGGUGGUAUUCCACCAGACCUUACUGAUGCUGAUAAAGCUAGUAUAUUUCAUUUUCUUGAUGCUACAUUGAAUUCCACAAUCCUCAUCUCAUUACUGUCUGGAAUAUACACUGGAAUCACUGCUGUUACAGUGAGGAAUAUCUUCAUAAACAAGUCUCAUCCCAUCAGACAACCCAUGAUCAUUGUUAUAAUUAUGCUCUAUAUUGGUUCUAUUAUUUCCUUUGCUCUCAUUUGGUCACAACUUGUAUUUUUCCAUAAUGGAUGGAAUUUCUGGACAACCUAUUUAUAUUAUUGCAAUCCUAACAUAGAAUUGGUAGUGGUACAGGGUGGUAUAGGUAUUGCUUGUACUAUCCUUGCAGAUGCCAUCAUGAUUUGGCAUUGCUGGAUGAUCUGGGGACAACAAUGGCUGGUUGUUCUACUUCCUGUUCUUCUUUUUGUUUCUGCAAUUGUAUUCAAAAGUAUUGGUAUAUAUGAAGCAUACAUCAAUACAAACAAUGAGAGCUAUGUGACAUACUUUACACUUUAUCCAUCCUUCAUUCUUGCUUCAACAGUAUUGUGUACCCUGCUCAUCAUUUACCGUAUUAUCACUGUUGCACAAAGAGCUGCAGCAGGGAAUGGACUCAGGGCUUACCACCAUAUCAUUAAGAUUCUAGUUGAAUCAUCAGCUCUCUACUCCAUAACCUUGAUCUUAUAUGUGGCCUUUUUUGCCCAUAAUGAUGUCAUAGUGUACUACUUUGAUCAUCUAGCAGCAUUUGCAAGAGGAGUUGCACUAACACUUCUUGUUGGACAAGUAGCAGUAGGUCAUACCCAACCAGAUGACUCUUGGGAGGGGAGUGUGGUGUCAGGGUCACUUCAGUUUGGAGGGCAUUCCAGCAGUCAGAGCUCUGAUCAGCAGGAUUCUAUGAUCAGUGUAGAUCUUGAAGCUCAGCAGGAGAGUUAUCAUGAUGAUGAGUAUGGUCAUCAGACUGUGAUGGACUCUCAGGAAGGUGUUGUUGAUGAGAGUGGAAAUGACUCCAGGCAGGCAGGGAGCAGCAGCAUGAAACAUGUUUGAUCACAUACAAAGAUCCUAUGGGCAGGGAGCUGGCUACUCAUGCCAUUUAAAUAGAAUUGUUAACAUGGAAAGGCCAGUAAUCCAAUGUAGGAGACUCAGAGUACCUUAAAUUAAAUUGUCAACAUUAAU